UCAUUCUCCAGCAACUGCACUCUAUACUUAUCAAGAUGAACUUCAUGUUUUUACUUUGUCAAAUGAUGAACUUAUUAAAAUUCUUGCUAAUCAAUCUGUUAAUCCAGAUUAUGAUUAUAUUAAAAAUCUUUUUACUUGCUAUUGUAAUUCUCAACUCGGUAAAAGAAAUGAG